CUGUCAAGCGGCUCAUUGUUCCUGCCCCGGGUGUCACUGGGCGCCGCCGGGGACAAUGUGGCACUGAGAGGGGCGGCCGGCGGCGGAGGGACGAGGCGCACGGAAAGGCUCAUCUCGCCCUUCCGCCAUGGCAUCGCCGGACGGAGCCAGUGGCGUGGGCGGCAGUCCUGAGGAGACAGAGCUCAGCAUCACCCUGACCCUCCGCAUGCUCAUGCAUGGCAAGGAGAUUGGCAGCAUCAUCGGCAAGAAAGGAGAGACCGUGAAGAGGAUACGAGAGCAGAGCACUGCACGCAUCACUAUCUCAGAAGGGUCCUGCCCUGAGCGCAUCACCACGAUCACCGGCUCCACCGACGCUGUCUUCCGUGCUGUCUCCAUGAUCGCCUUCAAGCUGGAGGAGGACCUGGGAGCGGGCGGCGAUGGGGUGUCAGCGGGCAGAGCACCGGUGACCCUGCGCCUUGUCAUCCCCGCCAGCCAAUGCGGCUCCCUCAUCGGCAAGGCUGGAGCUAAGAUCCGGGAGAUCCGGGAGAGCACAGGGGCACAGGUGCAGGUGGCUGGUGACUUGCUGCCCAACUCCACUGAACGGGCUGUCACGGUCUCAGGGGUGCCAGACACCAUCAUCCAGUGUGUGAGGCAGAUCUGCGCUGUCAUCCUGGAGUCGCCUCCGAAGGGGGCCACCAUACCCUACCACCCUGGUCUCUCCCUGGGCACCAUCCUGCUCUCUGCCAAUCAGGGCUUCUCCAUGCAGGGUCAGUACAGCGGGGUCUCUCCUGCCGAGGUGACGAAGCUGCAGCAGCUGUCAGGGCAUGCGCUUCCCUUCGCCCCCCUGGGCCAUGCACCCACCAUGGUGCCAGGUCUGGAUCCCAGCUCCCAGAGCAGCUCCCAGGAGUUCCUGGUGCCCAAUGACCUCAUCGGCUGCAUCAUCGGCCGGCACGGCAGCAAGAUCAGCGAGAUCAGGCAGAUGUCGGGUGCCCACAUCAAGAUUGGCAACCAGACCGAGGGCUCCAGUGAGCGGCACGUGACCAUCACAGGGACCCCUGUCAGCAUCACCCUGGCUCAGUACCUCAUCACCGCCUGCUUAGAGACUGCUAAAUCUACCUCCCAGGUGCCACCAGGCCCUGGCUCCAUGGACCUCGGCAUGGGCUUCUCCCAGCCCCUCGCCCCAGGCUCCGGUGCAGCACUUCCCGCCGUCGCCCCAGCCCCCCCGGCCCUGCUGGGCACCCCCUAUGCCAUCUCCCUCUCCAACUUCAUCGGCCUGAAGCCGGUGUCCUUCCUGGCACUGUCCCCAUCCUCCGUGGCAGGUCCCAAUGGUGGCACCACCACCUACACGACCAAGAUCUCGGCGGCCAACGGCACCAAGAAAGCUGACCGGCAGAAGUUCUCGCCCUACUGAACCCCACUGGUGGGUGGGCCAGGGGGUCCAGGGUGCUACUCAGUAGCAGGGACACUUUCCCAACGCCCACCUUGACCUCAGCCUCUGCC